GGUUGAGCAAUUGAGCAUUGCCAUUGAACAAUAGUUUUGCUUUCGUUCCCAUUAGAAUUUUGCUUUGUCAGUGUAGUUAGGCCUUUUUACUUAGAUCACUUUAACAUUUAUAUUGUUCAUUAUAGUAGAAUUCAUUUUCUUUAUCUAAUCACUUUUCUUUAUGUGAAAAAACUAAAUUAAUUCAGUUGCAAAAAUGGAUCCGGGAAUCCUUUGUUUCCACCAUUGUGAUCAUAAAGUUUUUUGCACCAUUAUUCCUGAGAAAUGCCCUGUUUGUCAUCAAACACUCGACAGAUAUGACUACAAUCUGUUACCCUUUAGAGUGCCCUAUCCUUUUGUAAAAGCUUCUCAACAUCCACGAGCGAUAAUUAUGAAGCCAACACACGGGGACUUCCUCAAUGACUACUAUAAUUCUAAGGAUUUACAUAUCGGGGUGACUAACUCCCAAGGGUGUGUAAUUGAGUUCAGUGAAGAAGGGAUAAGAGGUGUUGAUCCCUUGACCAAAAAAUGGAGUCAAUGCAACACAAGUUCAGAUUGGGACCAAUGUUUGCUAUUAGAGCAAUUUGAUGAGAUGUGGAAUGAAAUUUGGGAUGGUAUUCUUAUCAAGGUGAGCUCAAGCCCUCUCUGGGAACCGGAGAGGUAUAAUGAAGAACGUCACAAUUGCUUCACUUUUGUGUUAGCUUUUUUGAGAGCAUUAGAUUGUGGUGAGCUCUCAGAAAAAGCCCAAGACCCAAAGCUAUUCUGUAAACAGUAUGUGGUGCCGAGAACAUCUGCCGCUGGUAAAUACAUAUCUCUAUACCGUCAGCUCAAGAGACAAAGCUACUUCAUACAGAACCAAUGAUAGCUUUAUGAGUUUUUUAUGUAUUCAUUAUGAUUUUCAGUAUUACCUGUGAUUGAUAUUAGAUUUAAGGGCCGUGAAAUACUGUGCAUUUAAUUUACCAAAAGGAAAGCUUAAUGUAAUUUAUUACUAUAUUAUUAUAUUUAAAAUGUUAUUUUCAAUGUGCAUUAUAUUUUUAUUAAUUAGUAAUUAUUAAUAAUUAUAAUUGUAAUAAAUAUUUAUUGUAGGUUGGAAGAUGUUAUGUAGAGGUCUAAAUUAGGCUGUGUUUGUAAUUUAUGUCGGUGAAUUGUUUUUUGUAUUUAAUUUCAAAUAUUUCUAUCAUUCCAUCCGAAUGAUGAUAUAAGCAAUUUUUAUUUGUAUUAAAAUAACAUUCUUCAUGUUCUUACAAGAUAUAUCACUGUCAUUCAUUUAAUAACUGUAUGAAUACAUUCAUAUUGCCUGUUAACGGGGGGGUUUCACUCCGAAGUUUAGGUAUGUAUCGCGCCGUUGCCAACUGAGUUGGCAGUCGAGCGCGGGUUGUCUGCCACUCGCCGUCCCCGCGCUCAUUUCGUUAGUCGUGUGACGCGUACCUAUGAUAAAUCGGCGGCGAGUACCAACCCUGAGCUAUACAGCUAGCUAUUAUUUAUGCCUAAAGUUGACGUUUGUUAGGGAGUGAACCUUCUGUACAUAGUACUAUUAUAUAUUCUGUGCUUUUAAUCACAAUACAAAUUUAUCUUUCAUACAUUCUUAAUCAAUAAAACUACUCUUCAAUCACAUUAUAGCCAUCCUUAGGAAUUGUCAUUUAGUAGUCAAUUAGUGUUUUAGAUCCUUUUACAAAUAAUACUUAAAGAGUACAUUUCUUGUAGUUGCUGGAUAUACUCAUGUAUUUUAUUGCACUAUCGUUCUUCCUUACUACUUAAUAGGUUAAAGUGAUUUGAAAUUUUUAAGCCCACUUAUUGGAAUUUUUGU